UUACGACUUCCUGUUUGUAAGACGAUAAGCAAUCUAAAAAUAGAAGUCUUUUCAACCUAAUAUAAGUGCUUUUCGAGUUUAUUUAUAGUUUAUUUCAAUGUCUAUCGAUCUGUGGAGGUGAGGAUUUAUCAACGAGUUGAGAUGGUCGAAGCAGACUGACUGAAUUUUCAUAUGCCAGAGUAAUUAAAAUCCUAAAUCUGAUAGUGAUGAAUGAAUUUGACUCUUCUAGUCAUCAGUGACUGAGUGAGGAGGAGAGAGGCUGAGGAAUCCGAAUUGAACUAUUCUUUUCAGUGUUCACUUAAUCUUUUAUCUUUAUUGAAAGCGAAGGACCAUUCCUCUGACUCAUUCAAGUUCUAAUUUAACUUUUAUAUUUGACAAUCGGGACAACCACUUGGACAGAGGUCUUAAGUGGGAAAGUGAGUAAACAAAGCUGGAAGUUAAUGGUUAUAUUGUUUCCCAAUCCAAAGAUUUGAAAGAAUUAAUACCAAUCAUGUCUGGUGAUUCUCACAAAACUGUGAUAAAGGGAAAUACAUCAAAAUAUGUUAAGCUCAAUGUUGGUGGAUCGUUACAUUAUACAACAAUCGGAACGCUUACAAAACAUGAUACAAUGCUUCGAGCUAUGUUCAGUGGAAGAAUGGAAGUUUUGACAGAUUCAGAAGGAUGGAUCUUGAUUGAUAGAUGUGGAAAGCACUUUGGUUCCAUUUUAAAUUUUUUACGAGACAGUACAGUUCUAUUACCAGAAUUAAGAAGAGAACUGAUGGAAUUACUUCAAGAAGCCAAGUAUUACUUGGUCGCUGAUCUAGUCACACAAAUAGAAACAGCAUUAAAGAGUCGUGAAGAACAUGAACCAAUUUGUAAAGUCCCUUUAAUUACUUCCUCCAGAGAAGAACAACAACUGGUAUCCAGUACAUUUAAGCCUGUAGUUAAAUUGAUAUGUAAUCGUCACAAUAAUAAAUAUUCAUACACAAGUAAUUCUGAUGAUAAUUUAUUAAAGAAUUUGGAGUUAUUUGAUAAGCUGUCGUUACGCUUUAAUAGACGUGUCAUGUUUAUUAAAGAUGUUAUCGGCAGUAAUGAAAUCUGCUGUUGGUCAUUUUACGGACAUGCUCAAAAAGUAGCAGAAGUCUGUUGUACAUCAAUUGUGUAUGGAACAGAUAAGAAACACACAAAGGUUGAGUUUCCUGAAGCCAGAAUAUAUGAAGAAACUUUAAAUAUUUUGCUCUAUGAGCACAGAGAUAAAGGUCCAGAUGCCGAGUUGAUGCAGGCUACUCGGGGAUAUACUGUUGGACGUAGUGGUUACCAUAGUGAUGAAGAUGGGGAAGAAAAACAUGAAAGAGUUGAUCGUUUAAGGCGACAUUAAGCUAAAGUUUCAAAUACGAGUGUAUCUUUAUGAAACCUGGAACCUUUAUCGUGAUCUUGAAUUGUCAAAUUGUUAUUCAAAAUCGUGAAAUGAAACUGAUGUUGUAUUAGCCUUGACUGUUACAAAUAAGAACAUUUAAAUAGACAAUAAUAAGUUUUACAAUAAAUUCUGUGUGUAUGGUUGAGGUAGGAUGUGAUCAGAGUUACAUGUAUGUGAAGCAGGGGUCAACUUGUUACACAUAAUACAUCAUGUUCUUCUCCAAUGGAAAUGGAUUAAUAAUUAAAUUUGGACAAUUUAUACUGUUAUAUAUCUAUUUCAUGUUGUAGUGGGAUGUUUUCUCAAAUUAUUCAGCAAUGAAAGUGGAUUAGACAACUUGUUAGAUUGUAUUGUGUAGUGUUGAGCUAUUCUUAGAUGCUUUAGUUGACUGCAUUCAUAAAGAGACUUUUUUUUUAUAGAACAACAUGAAAAUUGUGUGAUAUAUUUGUAAUAAACCUAAAAAUUCUGUGAUUUACUUUUCAGGCAAACCAAGAUUGAAAUUAAAUUUAAAUUAAGUUAUUAUGUUGAUAAAACUACAUGUAACUUGUAAUAUCCACCAUAAUUAGGACAUAGUUAAUAUUUAUAACACUACAGUGUCGUAGUUUGUAGGAACCACUAGAAUUAAAGAGUUAAUAUUUAUAACACUACAGUGUCGUAAUUUGUAGGAACCACUAGAAUUAAAGAGUCUUUCCCUGUAUAAUCUGUAUGAUUUGAUGAUAUAUUUGGACUAAAAACAUAUUUAAACUAUUAUAUCUAUCAAAUGUUUGCUUCAAAUCCCUCUCAAAACAUUUUAGUGAGAAGAAAAGGAACUGUGCCACAAGGAUCUAUUUUAUCAGCCUUGUUUAUUACAUGACUUGAUUGAGAAAGAAUCCAUUUUGCUCUUGUAUUUGUCGUUAGUUACUGUACAUUUGCGUUUAAUACUCUCAGUGUUGUCACAACCUUUAGCCAUUAGAUCAACACAUAAGAAGAAGUGCUCCAUAGGUCACUAGAGGAGAUUGGCUGCCUUUUAGGUAUACCCUCAUAUUUUUGUCUUAUGCGCCCCAUGGGUGUUUUUUUUUUAGGAAUCCACUAUUUUUCCACAUAUACAAAAUAGCCAUACUUUUAUUGGUGAUAACUACUCAUUAAAUACUUUAGUUAGGAUGCAUAUCUUUGAUGUGUGGUCAAGAUAGUUUCUAUAUUAAUUUUAAGCAGUAAUGAUAUCCAUUUCAUUAACAAAUUUCAGUAAACAAAUGUACAAGGAAUGGUUAUCAUCCAUAAAAAGAUGUGAAAAUAACUCAAAAAGAGUUUUUGGGGAAAGCAGAUAACAUCCCCAACCCCUCUCCCCCACAUUGAUUGCAAUGUUAUAUGAAUUUUACAUGUGUCCAUAAUAUUAUAUUUUGUCAUUGAAAACAUUAAUACCGGUACUGAAAAACAUUGUGUGAACAAUUACAUGUAUUUUAAAAUUCAGAAAGUCUUCUGUGACAAAUGUUUUUUGAUUUCUCAUUUAUUUUGUAAUGAAGUAUAUCUGACUUAAUUUAGGGUAAAAGAAUUUGAUUAUCUUUUCUUAUAUUUUUUAUGUGUAAAAUAUAGUACUAUAGAACGUUUGCCAAAAUCCAAGUAUUUCCAUACAUGUAUAUUACAAAAAGAAAUUGCCGGAAACAUAUUUUUUUGCCAGUAAAAUAAAAUGAGUGGCUAAAAAUGCGGCAACCACACAUCAAAAAGUUUAGGAGCAAUUAUAUCCAAUCCUGACUAUUUUCCAGAUUUUUAAAAAAAAAAUGUAUUGGGGCAAUUCGGGCUAAAAAAAAUUCAAGUCUUUCUUACAGAGUAAAUUAACACAUAGUUUUUUCAGUCGGACAUUUGGCUUAUAAAGAUGACCCAAAGGGGGAUCCAAAGGUAAACCCAUUUUACGACAUGUUAAUGAUCAUUAUUUCAGUGAAAAUGUGGUUGAUAUUCAACAGAGUCUUAGAUAUUUUAUAUAUAUAUUAUAUAUUGUUGCAUUGCUAUCUGUUGCAAGCUAUGUUUAUAUUACAGAAUAAUAAAUGUAUAGGACUGAUUACUGUCAAUAAGAUAAUUUAUUUGUCAUUAAAAAUCUUAUCCAGGAAUAUUGAAGCAAACUGGGAGAGAUUCUCCCAAAUGCUAUGUUGAGGUAGAUAUAUAUGUGUAAAGAAAACUAAUUAUUUAUGUAAAUAACAGAACUAAAAUAAAAAUCCUAAAAUAUG